CCCUUCCUUGUCUGCUGAUUGAAAGCGACCGAUCUCUCUGAAUUAUCUAUACAUAUGCAAGAACAAAAAGAUAACCCAACCUCAGCCAACAGCUCGACCGCUGUACAAGGAAAGGCUGCCAAUAGUGCUAAUCAGCGUGAUGCUGGUAAUCUGUACGUUUGUGCUUCGAUGAUCAGCAAGUGUACCAUGUCGCCAUCACUGACAAUUCUUGGUUACUCAGGUUCUAUAAGCGAUUGGUGACAGAACGCAAUAAGACCUUAAGUGAACUACAAAAUACCCAUACAGCAUUACAUAAGAAUAUGUCCCGUAUCGCCAAUACAGAGAGUAACACGAAAGCUGUCAUGGCCUUUUCGUUACUGGGGGAUCUGAUUGACGAAUGUAUAUACGACGUCCUUUUCGAAGUCCAUCGAGAUAUCAAAUCUGCCAAUGCCGUAUGUCAGAUCUGUCAAACAAAAUGUCGCUCUUAUGCGACGCAAUCAGGCACCGAUAUCUUUGGCAACAGCUAUAGUGUAAAUAAUCUUCCGUUCUAUGAGUGUGUUCAUUGUCACAAAUCGAUUGCCUCCUCAAGAUAUGCCCCGCAUUUGGAAAAAUGCCUUGGAUUGUCUGGGAGACAAUCCAGUCGUGUAGCAAAUAGAAGAAUGGGAACCACGUCUCCGUCGCUGUCGUCGGAUGACAACAGUGCUAGUGAAACAGUCGAAAUCAUAGAAAGAAAGAAGAAAAAGGCACCUUCAGUAAGUAUAAUUAUUCCAAAAUGCAUCUUUAUUUGUAGGUUUGAUAUAUACCUUUUUUUCGCUCUUUUUUAGUCACUGGGAAACGGAUUGUCAAG